AUUGCAUUCAGCGCGCUGGACGAUACCUCGCAUUCGGUGCAUGUCUACAGCAUCAACGGCUCAAGUCUUGGUUCCAAAUACGUAUCCGGACGUGUAACUGGCUUGGAUACAGCUACCGAUUACUUGGUGGUGGCGGACGACGCCGGUGAUAUCACCAUGAGUCGAUUGCAUGGGUUAAAGCCAGUGUUUGACAUUCCACUGCAUAUUCCAAUACAAACAGUUGUGGUUACACCUGGCAACACACACAUACUUGCACCACUGCGGGACGGGCGGUUAGCGGUGAUUGCUGUACAGAUGCCGGCCGGCAACAGUAAAAAGCAUUCCGUACUCAACGUUUAGUAGUAAAAUGCAAAAUCAACAGAAACGAGUUGAAAAAAAAAAUGAAGUGACAAAAAUUAAGUUAACAAACGAAACGAGGACUCGGCACGACUGUAGAUCAUAGAACAGCUACAAAUUGCCGCUAAGAGUCAGCGAUGGGUGAAGAAACGACGAGGCAAAAGUUCCAAAAGAUAGAGAGAAAAAUGAACUUAAAUAAAUAUAGAGAGACGAAUGUAUUUACACAAACAUUAGCACUGUAAGCCACUCAACGCACACAGAGCAGGUAAUGUGUUUGGCAAACUAAUGAGCUGAGCAGCUCUGCUGGAAUUGAGGGGUUUCUUCGAUGAUGAAAAAGCAUUUGUACGAUACAUAUAUAUAUAUAUGCAAAUUUAUGAACAGCAUGAGCAAUCAAUCCGUUGUUGCAAUGUGCUCCAGCAGCUAAUUCAAAUAACAGUUGAUUAUUCCAAUUGUAUACAGGAGGCACCGUAGGACAUCAGCUAAAAAAUAGGAUUCAUAGCAAAACAAUCACGCAAAAUAGCAGCAAAUGUUUAUACAAAAUAAUAAUAGAACUUUAAUGAAAUAUGAAAUUCAUGUGACACAGACGCAAUAACAAUAUAUACCUAAAGCUCACACACAUACACACACACACACACAGCUUGCGCGCCUAAAAGGCCGCUAUAUUUAUUAUGAAAGUUAGAAAAAAAAACUGUAGCUGUGCUUGUUGAAAUGCGAAAUUUACGCAGCAGGAUAAUUUAUUUGGUGUUCAUAUUUGUAUGUAUGUAUGUAUGUAUUUUUUCGUUGUUUUUUUUUCGUAGUGUCGAGAUCAAGUGCAUUGAAUACCGCCAACGCAAGUAGAUUAAUUGAAUUGUUGCCAAUUAUUUGUUUUCGUCUGCAUGUAUUUUAAUUUUGUUUGUGUGAUUAGAGAUUGUUAUUGUCCAAUUAAGCACAUUUCUGUUUAUGUAUUUGUAAAGUCUUGGUACUUUUCAGAAAUUA